AUGGUUGCAGAACUGAUGUGCAUCCGCAACACUCAUUCUCUGGAUGAGAAGUCUCGCGGCCUAAUUUAUUUUACCUCUAUCACGAAGCUCAAUGCCUUUGCUGCUAAGCUUGGUCUUGCAUCCUACCAUGCAGAGAUGGUUCAAGGCGAUCCAGUGGUGAACAAUGCGCUAAAAGCUGACGUUGUGGAUGCGUGGUGCAAGGGCAAAGAACCUGGGCACCGCUGGCUGUGUUGCACUCAGGCAUUUGGAGCGGGUGUGGAUUAUCCGCAUGUCAGGGUGGUGGUACACGUUGAUCCGUGCGCUGCCAUGUUCUACCUGCAAGAAAGUGGACGGGGAGGUCGUGAUGGGGAUCCGUAUUUUUCAUACGUGCUUUGGCAGAAGAAACCGUUUCUGGCGGACCCCGAACUUGACCCUCACGUCGGUGUUCUCCCCAUGUUGGAAUUUCUCACUACCAGGAGCUGUAGGCGAGUGGUGUGGUAUGACAUUAAUCCCCAUGUUCAUUCUUGCUGUGCGAUGAAUGCGGAGAGGUGUGAUAAUUGUAACAAGAUGUCUGAGUCUCAGGAUGUCCGCAUACUUCAAGAACUCACUUACCAGGCAGAACUAGAGCAAGUUGAACCCGUACCGCUUGCCACGACUCCGUUGAGCGCCGGGGAACUGUUGAAGGCUCAAGCACAGCAGGGGGAGCAGAAGCUUCUGAAGAUUGUGAAAAUACUGGAGCAGAUAGUCUCCAUCCUCACCCUGCAUUAA